UCCUAAAUAUCCUUUCUACUGUCAUUUUCCUAAAGAAUCUACACAUUUUCUUCUAUUUCCUAAUUCUGCCUCUUGUCUCCUUUUAAAGACCAAAUCUUUAUUUUCUCCACUCCCAGUUCCCAUUUUAUAAGCCAACUACAGCUAUUAAUUUUUCCUAUUAAGUUUUCAUUCUCAGAAAAUUUAUAGACAAUACAAGAUAUUUUCUUUCUGGGUUUAUUCUUUUCAUAAUUAAAACUUAAAAAUCUUCAAUUAUUCUUUUUUUGCCCUUUGUUGGUUGUAGCAGCACCAACGAAAAAUCCCAGUUUGUUCUUGUUUCAGAUUCUUAAAAUAAUUGUCUGAAAAUGGAAGAUGCGUCCCAUACCGGUGGUAAAAUAGAGGAAUCAGGUACGUUUGAGCUCACUGGAAAAAUAAUGGUGGUAGCUAUUGUACUUAUUUUUCUUGUGAUAGUCUUCGUUUUCUUAUUCCACCUUUACUCAAAAUGGUUAUGGAAUCGCCGCCGUCAAGCAGACGGUGGCAACCCUAAUGCCAGCACACGGCGGCGGCACGGCUUCAACUUUUCUUCGGCCGGUCAUCAUCAAGAAGUGAAUAAUGUUACAUCUGCUCUCCGCCGGGGUCUGGACCCCACUCUUCUUAAAUCUAUUCCCGUAGUUUUAUUCAAUCCUAAAGAAUUUAAAGAUGGAUUAGAAUGUGCUGUUUGUCUUUGUGAUGUUUCUGAAGGUGAAAAGGCAAGACUUUUACCUAAAUGUAAUCAUGGAUUUCAUGUGGAUUGUAUUGAUAUGUGGUUUCAAUCUCAUUCCACUUGUCCUCUUUGUAGAAAUCCUGUUUCCAAUAUAUCUUCUGAUGAUCAGAAUCUCACCUCUAUAGAAUUAUUAACAGUGGAAGAAGAGAAUUCAGUUUCUAUAGAGGUGGCAAAUUUCCCAACCAAUAUCUUGUUUUGGGGGAAUGAGACUCAAGUGAGUAGUUUGGAGGACUCUUUACAAGGUCCUAAUUCUUCUUCUAACGCGCCUUGUCCUCCACCACCACCACCACCAUCUUCAUCAUCCUUGUCGUCGUCAUUUGCCUCUACGAGUGAUAGGCGUUGUGUAGCAUUGGUGAUUGAUAUUCCGAGCCAAACAAAUGAAGCAGAAGAUGAACAGAAAUCUCCAAUAAUGUCCACAAGAUUGAGGUCUUUGAAAAGGCUGUUGAGUAGGGAUAGGAGGGUUAAUCCUUCUAGUCCAAGAAUUAUGGGUGUUGAACAAGGAGGCAGAGGCCAGAGCUAGUUGGGCAGUCCGGUGCAUUAAGCUCCCGCUAUGCGUGGGAUUCGGGGAAGGACCAGACCAUAAGGGUCUAUUAUAUGCAGUCUUACCCUGCGUUUCCGCGAGAUGCCAGAGCUAGUAGGAAUUUAUAAAUAUGGAUAGUUGAGCUAUAAUGUGAUAUUAGCUUCGAUAUUUUCUGAUGUUUGCUACAGAAUUUGGAGACGAAUGGGUAUCUCCAGAACUCCCAUUCAUUUGUUCGAAGUUUUUGAUUCUUGAUGUAGAUGUAAAGAUUGAAACUUUCAUCUGCAUAUAGGCAGUGAAUAUAUUGUAUAUGUGUAAACAAUGCAGUGGGCCUCUCUGUUUGAGAAUGAAGCAAUCUUUCUCUUACAGAAGAGUAAUUUCAGUUA